AUGCAAACAGGACGAAGAGGCCAUCCCAACCGCCAACCCCGAGGCGACUCCUCCUCGCGCGGCAGCAGAGGACAAGUCCGAGGCCGGGGCCGGGGAAGAGGUCAAUCCGACAACCCCAGAGGCUCCCGCCCCUCCCCGGCAUACACACCCGUGCCCCCCUACGCCUCCAUCCACCCCGGCACCCCCGUCUCCCUAAUCCUCAAACAAGACCAGCCCACCGGCCACCGCGUCUCGGGUAUCGUCGCUGACAUCCUAACACGCGGCGACCAUCCGCGAGGCGUUAAAGUGCGUCUGCGGGAUGGCCGUGUGGGCCGCGUGCAGAGUCUUGCGAGUGAGGCUGAGGGGGAGAGGGGCGAGGCGCUUGUUGGAGGGGCGGAUGCGGGGUUAGGGCGCGAUGGGGAGGUGAGAGGUAGUGGGAGAGGGGCCAGGAUGGCAGGGAGCAGGAUGGAGAGGGAUGUGAGGGAGAAUGAUGAGUAUUUCUAUGAUGAGGCGAGGAGGGGGGAGGUUGAUGGGGGUCUUUUUGCGGCGUUGGAGGAGGCGGAUAGACGAUAUGAGGGUAGUAGUAGAGGUGGCGGUGGGGAGGCGGCGGUUUGUCCGGUUUGUGGGGUUUUUGAGGGGGAUGAGGUGGCUGUUGCGAGACAUGUUGAAAGCCAUUUUGGAGAGUAG